AUGCACCUGCAAGAACUCCCGAGGAGUUGUCUGGAGCAGGCGUUAGUUCAAGACAAGUAUUGUCUGCGCAUCAUCUCCUGCGGCAUCGUGCUGCCCUCCCCUCCAGAAAGCUGCGAGUUCUACGCGGCAGCGCUUAGCCGGAUCAUGCUGAAUGGUAUUUGCACCACGCAGCUCAUGGUCAACAUUCCACUUCUCAUCGGCGAGGCAGAUGGCUGGACGUCGUGGAACGCCUUGCGCUUGCUGUGUGACCAGAACCCGCGGUUGCAGGUCUGCUUGGAGCUCACCGCGGACCUCCCGGAGACGGACCAGGAGCUGAUGCGCUGGCUGGCGGAGCCAGGUGCGGUCUCUGCGAGUGGUAGAGGUUCUGUAGACGUCUACUAA